CACACACACACACAGUGUUCAACAUCAGGAGGAAUUUAUCGCAGUAAAAUGAUUCACUCCAAUCAGUCCAGUCAGUCGAUCUUCUGUUGUUGCUGCUGUGCUCUGCAGACCAGGAGCAGCACACGUGUGGAUGUGAAUAGCAGCAGAUGUCAAGGAUCCGUCUGUACGUCUCAGUUGUCCCAGAAGAAGCUGCCUCUCUCCCCUCCUGAUGAUGAUGAAGGCAAUGGAAUGAUGAAGGUGGUAGCGAUGUACGACUUCACUGCCACAGAGAGUUCAGACCUGACGCUUCGCCAUGGAGAAGAGUAUACCAUACUUCAUAAACAGGACCAGCUGUGGUGGAGAGCUGAAGACAAGCAUGGGAACAAGGGUUUCAUUCCCAGUAACUAUGUCACCGAGAUCGGCACUAUAGAGGCCAACAAUAUGUUGUGUGUUUGUGUGUGUGUGUGUGUGAUGCUGGUUCUCCUGGUUAGCUGGUACUGUAAGAACAUCAACAGAGCUGAAGCAGAACAUUUACUUAGACAAGAGGGGAAGGAUGGAGGAUUUAUUGUCAGGAGCUCCAGUCAGCCCGGCAACUACACAGUAUCUCUUUAUUCACAGGGUUUAGGUAAAGGGGAAGUUAAGCACUACCAGAUAAAGAAGACAGACACAGGGUGCUUCUACCUGGCAGAAAGUUAUCUAUUCUGUUCGGUCCCAGAACUCAUAAACUACCACAAACACAAUUCAGCAGGGCUGGUGGCACGACUGCGAUAUCCGGUUGGGCCGUUGGGAAAAUGCCUCCCGGCAACAGCUGGAUUUAGUCCAGAUAAAUGGGAGAUCAGUCCGUCUGAACUGACCUUCAUGAAAGAACUGGGCAGCGGUCAGUUUGGAGUGGUCAGACUGGGCAAAUGGAGAGCGCAGCAUAAAGUGGCCAUCAAAACCAUCAGAGAAGGAGCCAUGAGUGAAGACGACUUUAUAGAAGAGGCCAAGAUCAUGACGCGAAUGUGUCACCCUAAACUUGUUCAACUGUAUGGUGUGUGUGUCACCCGGAGGCCCAUCUGCAUUGUGACCGAGUUCAUGGAGAACGGCUGUUUGAUUCACUGCCUGAGGCAGCACAGCAGAACCCUGGACAACAUGACGCUGCUCUUCAUGUGUCAGGACGUCUGUGAAGGGAUGGAAUACCUGGAAGAAAACAACUUCAUACACAGAGACCUGGCCGCACGUAACUGUCUGGUGAACGAGAGGAGUGUUGUAAAAGUGUGUGACUUUGGCAUGACCAGAUACGUGUCGGACAAUCAGUACACCAGCUCAACGGGCUCCAGAUUCCCCGUGAAAUGGUCUCCACCUGAAGUUCUUCAUUUCAACAAGUUCAGCAACAAGUCAGACGUCUGGUCAUUUGGUGUGCUGAUGUGGGAAGUCUUCUCAGAGGGUAAGGUUCCCUUUGAAAACCGCUCGAAUGUUGAGGUGGUGGAGGAAGUGACUCAGGGUGGACGUCUCUACAGACCUCACAGAGCAUCUGGACCCAUCUACAACAUCAUGUACAAAUGCUGGCAUGAGAGACCUCAUGGACGGCCAUCUUUUUCUGAGCUCCUUCAAGACAUCAGACAGAUCACAGAGGAUACAGACAUACAGACUCUCAGAGACUGAUGAGGACGUCUGUCAUCAAUCAUCAGACUUUCAAAAACACCUUAUCAUAAUUCACAUUACUGAUUCAAAAUUGACGUUUAGACGUUAAAACAUCAUCAGUAAGUGCCGGAAAAGACAGAAUGUGCUGAGAGCAUUCGCGCAUGAAGAAAAAUUUAAGCCACGAAAGAUCUGAGUAUACAGAUUGUCUUUAGAUUUAACUGGUUGUAUUUUUGUUUUUAUGAAUGUAUACCUAAAGAUGGUUUUUGAAUGCAUGGCAUUUUUUUGUCCAUAACCUCAGAAAUCGGUUAUAUAUAUGUGUGUGUGUGUGUGUGUGUGUGUGUGUGUGUGUGUGUGUAAAUAUAAAAAGGCAACAUUUGAUGCUCAUUGGCUAAUUUUUAUUUAAAAAACUCCACUACCUUAUAGUAGUUUUUAUAUUUUUUUCAAUCUGACAUUCAUAUU